GGACGAGCAAGUCUCGAUUGGCUGUGUUGCCCAUCGCUCCGCCCCACGUGUUAUAAGUUGCUGGGCGGUGCGUGCGGCCUGGGUGUGGGCUCUGCAGCCACCUCUCCCUCGUCUCGUGCCCAGCGUCUCUCCUCCCAGCGCACCGACAGCUCGGGGCCGCCGCGGGGCGGGGGAUGCCGGGCUGCCGCAUCAGCGCCUGUGGCCCAGGGGCCCAGGAAGGGACGGCAGAACCGGGGUCCCCCCCGCCGCCACCCCGGGAGCCCCUGCCGUCCCUCCAGCCCCCGCCCCCAUCGCCGACCUCGACCCCGACACCCGCUCAGUCACCGUCGUUGCCCGAAGCGGCGGAGACACGGGCGGAGGGGCAGGAGCUGCAGCGCUGGCGCCAGGGUGCUAGUGGGGGUCCCGGGGGCGCGGGCUCGGCGGGGGGCGCGGGCGGGGGAGCGGGCGCGGCGGCAGGGGCCGGGGGCCGCGCGCUGGAGCUGGCAGAAGCGCGGCGGCGGCUGCUGGAAGUGGAGGGCCGCCGGCGCCUGGUGUCGGAGCUGGAGAGCCGGGUGCUGCAGCUGCACCGAGUCUUCUUGGCUGCCGAGCUGCGCCUGGCGCACCGCGCCGAGAGCCUGAGCCGCCUGAGCGGCGGAGUGGCCCAGGCCGAGCUCUACCUGGCGGCGCACGGGUCGCGUCUCAAGAAGGGUGCGCGCCGCGGUCGCCGGGGUCGUCCCCCCGCGCUGCUGGCAUCCGCCCUCGGCCUGGGAAGCUGCGUGCCCUGGGGCGCCGGGCGGCUGCGGCGCGGCCACUGCCCGGAGCCCGACUCGCCCUUCCGCCGCAGCCCGCCCCGCGGCCCCGCCUCCCCCCAGCGCUGACCUCAGAACCCCGGACCCCUGGGCUCCGGAGACGGGCAGAAGGACGGUCGGACCGACCGACGGGUCCGGGUGCUGGCUAGAUGGACGGCAUCGUCUACUCGGAGGAGACAGUCGGGGGCCAAGGGACCCUGAAAGUGAGACUGAGCUCCUCAGAGUCUCCACUUUCUGGGUCUGGACUUCUGCAUUCCACGCCUUCUCUGGAUACCGCCCUCAGGAAGACUUCCAGGAUUGACUGCACCCUCCUCUCAGAGCCUUUACAGUGGCUGGGGCCUGGGGCCUGGGAACUUGCUAUACUCUGAAUUGCUUUGCAUACCCUGCAUCUGACUUGGUUUAUACAGGGACCCAGAUGCUGUCAGGUAGCUGAGAGUGCAGCAACCAUGAGAAGGAUUUCUUCUUAAAGACAGAGUCCUCAUUCUUAAACAAGUCACAGUGUAGCUGGAGUCCCUGUCACAAGUCACAAUGCAGCUGGAGUCCCCAUCACCACAAGUUGGUGUAGCUGGAGUCCCCAUCAUCACUAAGUCCGAUAGCUCCAGGAGGCCUAUUUGAGGCCUGGUGUAGGAAACGCCCAUUUCCCCAUCACCCACUGUCUUUGUCCUCCCCAUGUGAGUGAGGACAAUACUUGCUUGCAGACAAUCAGCUGCUGCCUCCUAGGGGGACACCUCUUUCUUAGGAUGAGGUGGUGGAGACAUCAGACUUCCAAGCAAAGUUAAUGCACAAAGGAAAUCCAUUUCUUCACAUAUCCUGAUGAGGGAAGGAGGCACAUGUACUCGCACACCGCCCAGAACUUAGAGGCUUCUGUAACAUGGUUGUAUAUCGACUCAGUCCCCAAUUGUAUACACGCGGGAAGAAUAAAUCUCAGUAAUGUGAGGCUAAA